UCGCAUGUAGUCAGUAUACACGAAUUUGAUUCCAAAGUGGAGUGCAAUUUUUAACAAAUGUCUUUGUGUUUCUGUUGAGAUGUAUCACUCUCAGCCCAGGGUGGCCCUGACAAGCAGAGUAGAAAACUCGCCUCCUUAAAAACCAAAGAUCGGGGCGUAAAAGCACCUGAAUUUAGAAAAAAAAUCUUGCUUGUCUGUCUUUUUGCUUUCCUGUUUUUGACACCUUUGACAAUUAUUAUCCUACACGUAUUUUCUGACGAAAUAUAAACUGAGUUUCAAUUCAUUUCACAGACUGUCAGAACCUCCGAUGAGACGGCUGGCUUUGGAUGUUGACAAGAAACAGGAAGAUUAGGAGUAUUCGUCGGUUGCCUGCAAUAAUGGAGGCGAAGAAUUUCAUCUUUUACCAUGACGAAAUUACACUGGCGGAGUAAACAUGUCAACGGCUUUUUGCGCACCGAAAGUGUGGAAUUAUACACUUCAUUAUUUCACUUCAGGAGUCAGCAAUUCCUAUAAAAUAUCAGAAAAAUAUGUCCUUUGGAUUUGUAUCUUAACACUCCUUGUUCCAAAUGGCCUUAAUGCGUCUCCAUCCUCAUCAUCUCAUUCUAAAUCUGAUUCAACCUCAAAACAUAGCACAUCGAAAUUCCCGAAAAACAGAACUCCCACGCUCUUUUCGUCUUCACUAGUCAGAGACCCGGCUACGUACCCAAAUAACAAUGACAACGAUAGAAACUUCAACAACUCCUAUCCUUUCUUCUUCAACUUUACCGACGAAGACUACAGCGACGAUAAUUUGACGACCUCAGAGCCAAAGAUUUUCUACGAGGCGCCAGAAGAAAUUAUUUUAGGGUACCUUACCAGCUUGGACAAGAAAAAAGGGGCGUUGUACAUCCCGUGGGGCCAUCUCAUCUCGGGCGCAAUCACGUACGCUGUGCAGAAAGUCAACGAUGACCCUGACCUUCUCCCCAACACGACUCUCAAGUUCGUCAUCGGGGACACCAGAGGGGAGGAGAUAGAGAGUCUUCAUCAAACCGCGGAGUUUAUUAACAAGAAGGUGCACGCUAUCAUAGGCCCUCAGGAGACAUGUGUGCACGAGGCCAGACUCGCAGCGGCUUUCAACGUACCCAUGAUUUCUUACUACUGCACGGACGCAGAAGUGAGUAACAGGGAGCUGUACCCGACGUUUGCUCGCACAAAACCCACAGAUUCUCAGAUCUCCGCCAGCGUGGUGUCUAUUCUCAAGCUAUUCAAAUGGAACCGUGUCACGUUCAUCCACAAACAGGCGGAGGAGUACAGUAUCACAGCGGACACCAUAUACGACUUGAUGUUGACCCACGACAUCACCGUCACUCACCGGAAGACGUACACGGGGCCGUACUUCCAUGCCCACCAGAUCAACCCUUUCGUGGACAUCGUGAGGGAGACCAGGCAGGAGACACGGAUUUAUGUGAUGCUGGGUGACCCCUACGAGUUCGUGGGUCUAAUGGACCAUCUCCAGAUAGUGGGGCUGCUGGACACUGGUGACUACUUCGUGGUGGGAGUGACCAGAGAUACGUAUGAGCUAGAACAGCCGCAGGAGUUCCUGCAAGGGAUCUUUGACCACAACGUCACAAACCGGUCUGUCCUGGCCUUCAGACAUUUCCUCAGCGUCAUCCACACGCCGCCCCUGGACCCUAAGUACAAGUACUUCAAGGAGAUAGUAGAUCAGUACCUAGAGAUGCCGCCAUUCAAUCUGAGGAAUGUCUAUAAGAACGCUAACGGUUCUAGAGAUAUCCGCCCAGAAGCGGCGUAUCUUUACGACGCCGUCCUGAUGUACGCCCGGGUGGUGCACGAGAUCAUCCAGGAGGGAGGCAACUCUCGUGAUGGAAGGGGUGUGAUUGGUCGAAUACAGGGGCGCUCCUACAAGAGCGCGUACGGCUACUGGUGUAAGAUCAACGAACAAGGGGAUGCACUCGGUAACUUCUCUGUGAUUGUGAGGAAGCACAUCGAGGGGGACGAGUGGGGCAUGUACCCUGUGGGAACCUUCAGACUGCCUCCUAAAGGAGAGCUGCUCCCGGAAUUUUAUUUCCACAAAGGAGAGAGCAUUCGGUGGAUCAACGGAGCCCCUCCGCCGGAUGAACCAGAGUGCGGGUUCCGGCACGAGAAGUGCAUCCCCAAGAAAACGUACACUUCAGAAAUUGCUGGCGGAGUGGCAGGCGGCGUGAUCUUUCUGGUAAUCAUCAUUGCCUACAUCUUUUAUAACAACUGGCGUUACGAACAGGAACUGGCUGGUCUCCUGUGGAAGAUCGAUUACCACAAGGACUUCACUCUGACCAGCAACCCGUACUUCAACUCUAACCAUAACAAUAAGUCGUCCACAUCGCUGAACAAGUCGGCUAGCCAAGCUUCCCUCAUCUCUGUGGCGGACAUUGACAUCCGGCAGCUGUUUACCCACGUCAGCAUCUACAAAGGGACCGUAGUGGCCGUGAGGAAGGUGAACAAACCGCAUAUAGAACUCACCAGAAGCGUGCGCAAGGAGCUGAAAACGGCGCGAGAACUACGUCACGACAACAUCAACCCGUUUAUCGGCGCAUGCGUUGAUCCUCCACACAUUGCGAUCGUCACAGGGUAUUGCAGCAAGGGCAGUUUACAGGACAUUUUGGAGAAUGAAGACAUCCAGUUGGAUUCCAUGUUCAUAGCUUCCCUUGUAUUCGACAUAAUUAAGGGCAUGAUCUACCUGCACGGGUCAGAGCUGGUGUCCCACGGCAAGCUCAAGUCGUCCAACUGUGUGGUGGACAGUCGCUGGGUGCUCAAGAUCACAGACUACGGGCUGCAUGAGUUCACGGCCGGCGAGACCCUGAGCCACGGAGAGUAUGCCUUAUAUAGAAGUAUGUUGUGGAAAGCUCCUGAACUACUGAGGAACAAGCACGCGCCUGGCCGCGGCAGUCAGGAGGGAGAUGUCUACUCCUUUGCCAUUAUACUCUUUGAGAUUCACUCCAGGAACGGUCCUUAUGGUGUCUGUGAAUUCACACCCAAAGAAAUUGUUGAGCGCGUCAUAACGAGAGACGAGAAGGGGCAUCCUUUCCGUCCUCGGCUGUCAGAGAUAAGCUCCACGCCCAAGUUCAUCACUGACGUAAUCAAGGAAUGUUGGGAUGAGGAGCCAAUGAGGAGACCGGAUUUCAAGGCUCUGAGAAACAAACUCAAGCCCAUGCAGAAAGGAAUGUGAGCAUAAU